AUGCAGUCCCUCAAUGCCUUGGGAAACAGACAAAUAGCGAGUCUGAAUAAGGAUCUGGUGAGGAUGGAGAGUGGCGAGAGCGGGGCAGCCGUACAAGGUCAGAUAACGACUACAUUAAGCGCGCUCUCUCGACUCAUUAACGACUAUGACUCUAUGGCUCAGAAGGAGAUGGUGACGGCUGCUAGAGAGAAAGCCAACACGCGAGUGGCGAAGCUGAAGAAUGAGCACAAGGAACUCAAGUCUCGUUUUGAACGGGCCAAGAACGAGAGCCACGCAAAGGUAUGGUUGUCUAUUCGCACCUUCUGCUCCUCUGUUAACACAUGUCUGCAGGCCCGCUCAGAUCUGCUGGGCACUGCUUCUGGCUCUGCUCCGCCGUUUUCUCCCAUGGGCGCCCAAAUGUCUCAAAGACGUGCUCAACCUCAAACAUUUGCCGAGUCCCCGUUCGCUUCUGAUCCCCUCUUCCGGCCGAACAAUCCUCCGACAGAUAGAGAGAACUUUGCCCUGCGAGAACACUCUUUCUUGCAGGAGAGCGAGAAUUCGAUAGAUCAGUACAUCUCACAGGGAAGAGCAGUGUUGGAGAACCUCGUAGAGCAGAGAGGGAUGCUAAAGGGUACGAGGACAAGACUGCUCAAUGCUGCCAACACUUUGGGUAUGAGCAGAGAAACGAUUGGCUGGGUAGAGAGAAGAACGAAGCAAGAUGCUUGGAUCUUUGGGAUAGGUGCCACAAUCACGCUGUUCAGCUUCUGGGUGAUAUGGCACUAUCUGGGCUGA